AUGACAGACUUUGAUGACAACAUUUCCCCACGAAGGACCACCGCUCCAACUUCCUGUUCAAACAACUCAGGGGUUCCCCCUCACGAUGAUCACAACCCUCCAUCUAUGGUGCCCUACUCUUGUGAGGACAGUUCCAGUUGUGCCCAUACAACCUCCAGUCAGUCCUACUACCAUGGGCUUGUCACUGACUGCCUGUCUGGGCCUGGGUAUAACUCGCUGGAUCUCCCCUCCAGGCCAGAGGGUGCUCCCUCCCCCAGCCCCAGGAUUGAGAUCACCCCAUCUGGGGACCCUCACCGGACUCAGCUCCUGGAUGCCAGCCCCAGAUCGACGGCCCUGUCUGUGUCUGGCUAUGAGAAUACAGCCUAUCGAGAGCCUCAGUGCCCAAGCCCUGCCAGCAGCAACUCCUCCACGGGCUGGCUGUCCGAGUCUUGUUCUCCCUGGGUACUUCCCAAUGGUGAUGGGGGGGGGGCGGUAGGCUUGACCACCAUGGACCACCUCCAAGGCAUCCACAUGUCCAUGGCUCACUACUCCCCAGGGACGUCCCCGUGCACCAGCAUCACAGAGGAGACAUUCCUGGUACUGCAGAAUCAGCCGUCAUCCUCCCAGCACUCCCAUCCCCACCCGCGCUCUCGCUCCGCCUCUCCUCAGGGCAAACGCACCUACGGCCAGUACAGCGGCCCCAGCCCGGGGACCACCAGCCAGCAGCAGCGCUCCCGGAGCCUCAGCCCCUCGCCCCACCACCCCCAAGGACCCCAGGCCCAGGCUGACCCACAGGCCAAUGCCCAUGAGCAGACUCCCAGCCUUGAAGAGGUGUUGAGCAGCCCCAGUUCCAGCCAGCCCAGGGCGGUGCCCUCCAAGAUGGUGCAGCCCAAUAUGGAGUGCUACACGUACAGAGAGAGCCAGGGGGAUGGCUAUGUGCACCUCAUGGAGCAGGGGAGGAGAGGCAAAGCUGGGGCUGAGACCUACAUCCUCCCUACAUCUGCCUGGCCAGUUCCACUAGCCCACGGAGCAAUCAGCAUUCCUGUACCAUCUCUGCCCCCUCUAGAUUUGCAAUUGCCCAGUCACUCAGACCAAUAUGAGCUCUGUCUGGAGCAGCAGCCUUAACAGCACCACCGUGCCCACUCUGAGACAUAGGGCAGCAGGGGAGCAGUCAAAGCACCUGGUGGAGGACACACUGUGGU